GAAUUUUGCAAUGGUUCAGGAUUUCGUGCCAGCGACUGGCGUCAGGCGCUUAUUCAGCAGUUGCGCGCAAUACCUCCACUUUCUCUUAUAAUCUACACCGCCUCAUCAGCCGGUCAGUUUGAACCCUCAGCGCCAGCUUACUCUGACAACAUUCCGACCAGUAAUCGAAAUCAACUGUCUUGGCUGUCGGCCAAUUCUUCAGUAGCUCAAUGCACAGAUUCUGGUCCUCCGGAGCAAGGUGUACAUAGCAUUCGUUUGAUUCCUAGCACACUCGUUGAAGAUCUCGAUGAUCAUACUCAAGCUUCUAGCCUAGUAGAAUGCACAAGUACGGUAGCGAGAGUAACUAACACAGCAAGUUGUAGCAGCGAUGCCAGCAUUAGUAGCAGUCCCACCUCGUCCAACUUACCGCCAACAGAGGAAAAGACAAUAAUGUCGGCUUUAGCUUCAUCUAACCAUCUUCAACAUUAUCAUAAGAUCGCUAAUGCUGGCUCGGAGACUUUCGAUAAUGCUACUGUUUCAACACAAUUACCCUUCAUACGAAAGUCUUCAGAGCUUUUAGCUAGCCGAGAGACUACAGAUCAACAUCUGGAUAGCUCUACUCCAGCAGCGCGCUGUCUGAAAAGAGGUGUGGGCGAGGCUUGUAUUACCGAUGUGACUAAUAGAGCUGCCGGUAUCUAUGAUAGCUAUGAAUGGCAGGAAUCGUCGUCUAUGUCGCGCCCCAAAGUAUGUCUCCUACCCUCUGGGUCUGAGCUUAUAUUCCCUACACAGUAUGGUCUUGGCCAAUCUGGUAAGUCAGUUCUUUUGCAAAAUAUUUUGGAAGCUGUUCAGUCACUUAACGCUUCAUUCCCCAUGAAGAAAAUGAUGACAUUUUGA